UGGUUCAAUUCCCAGUACCAAAAGAAAAAAGAAAGGGCAGGGGCACUGUGCUGGGAGAAACACGAUAGCACAAGAGUGGCAUCCCCAUGAUGUCGAAGAACCCCGCUCAUCUUUGACUUGGUAUCCCCACAGAUGGCUUUUCCCUGCCGAAGGUCCAUGAAUCCCAAGACUCUGGCCUGCCUUCUGGUGGGCAUGAGUUUCUUGGCACUUCGCCUCUGGCUCCUCCAAGCCCCGAGGUCCCAGCAGGAACAGAAGGAGGAGGACCCCACGGACGCUAGCGACACUCCCUAUGCUGCGGAACAGCCCGCUGCGCUCCAGCUCCACCAGGGGCUCCCGUGCGUGGCCAAUGCCUCCGCGAACCGCAGGGAAGACUUCGAGCAGCUGCCGGCAAGGAUCCAAGACUUUCUGCGGUACCGCCACUGCCGCCACUUCCCACUCCUCUGGGACGCGCCAGCCAAGUGCGCGGGCCGCCACGGCGUCUUCCUGCUCCUGGCGGUGAAGUCGUCGCCCGCGAACUAUGAGCGGCGUGAGCUCAUCCGUCGCACGUGGGGACAGGAACGCAGGUACAGAGGGCAGCAAGUGCGCCGCCUCUUUCUGCUGGGGACCCCGGCGCCGGAGGAGGCGGCGCAGGCGCCGCAGCUCGCCGAGCUGGUGCGCCUAGAGGCGCGCGAGCACCGCGAUGUGCUGCAGUGGGCCUUCGCCGACACCUUCCUCAACCUCACGCUCAAGCACGUGCACCUGCUCGACUGGCUGGCGGCGCGCUGCCCGCAGGCCCGCUUCCUGCUCAGCGGCGACGACGACGUCUUUGUGCACACAGCCAACGUGCUUAGCUUCCUAGAGACACAGUCGCCCGACCGCCACCUCUUCGCCGGGCAGCUCAUGGACGGCUCCGUGCCCAUUCGGGACAGCUGGAGCAAGUACUUUGUGCCCCCACAGCUCUUCCCUGGGAAGGCCUACCCAGUGUACUGCAGUGGCGGCGGCUUCGUCCUGUCCCGCCACACGGCCCGGGCCCUGCGCACAGCGGCACGCCACACCCCUCUCUUCCCCAUAGACGACGCCUACAUGGGCAUGUGCCUGCAGCGCGCGGGCCUACAGCCUAGUGGCCACCAGGGCAUCCGGCCCUUUGGUGUGCAUCUGCCCGGCGCCCAGAAGCCCUCCUUCGACCCCUGCAUGUACCGCGAGCUGCUGCUAGUGCACCGCUUCGCGCCCUAUGAGAUGCUGCUCAUGUGGAAGGCACUUCACAACCCAGAGCUGAGCUGUGGCCGGGGACACAGGGUUUCCUGAGGCUGAAUAGGCUGCGCUGCACUGGGUUGAUGAGUGGCCUCAGCCACCAGGGCCUCCCCGUGUAUGAUGAGAAUGCGUCUUCCCUGCUCUGAUACAUUGUCCUGCCCAGCUGGUGCAUCUGAAUCCCACCUUCACCUUGAAACCACCGCGGGGCAAGGGUCUGGAAUAUUCUCCUGGCCCCAUCUUCAGGGCUUCUGAUCUUAUUGGUCUGUAGUGGCCCCAAACAUGUUUGUGGUGGUUUUGGUUGGGUUCCUUGGGUGGUUCUAAGGUGCAGCUUAGAUUGAGGACCGCUGGGUCUGGGAUGUCUGUGUACCCUCCCAAGCCCAGCAUCAUUGCUCCUCCGCGAGCCUUCAGCAUACCUCGCUCCCACGUUCUGCUCCUCAUGAACAAUGGAAUAAGGGAGGUGUGGGGGUCAGGAUCAAUUUCACCUGUCACGUGCGAUACAAAUAUUUGUUGAGGGGUUGGGGAUGUGGCUCAAGCGGU